GACACCGACACCGUUGCACCACCGAUGAUUGGUGAUGAUAAGAUUGAAGAAUUUUUAGAGAUAAUAAAAGUUGUAAGGAAUAGGACACUCUCAAAAGAAGAACGCUUGCAAGAGAUUCGACCUCUUCUACAAAACUAUACUGAUAGGAUUACGUUGGAGACAAUGGGUAAUCUCACUGAUCUGCAUGAUUUCAUUAUGGAACGCGUGGAGAACGCUUCUGCAAAAGUGAAGGAAGUAUUCCACAAAAUUUACGAUUUGACUGCAGAUAUCGAUUUUGACAAGAAAAGUGAAGCUGAACAAAAUAAUGAGGUGUGUCGUUUUUAG